AUGGCCAUGCCACAGAUCAGUUCCGCCGACCAGGCCAAGUUGCAGCUGAUGCAGGAGAUGGAGAUCGAAAUGAUGUCCGAUUUAUAUAACCGCAUGACGAACGCUUGCCACAAGAAGUGUAUUCCGCCCCGCUACUCCGAAUCGGAGUUGGGCAAGGGCGAGAUGGUCUGCAUCGAUCGCUGCGUGGCCAAGUACUUGGACAUUCACGAGAAGAUUGGCAAGAAGCUGACGGCCAUGUCGAUGCAGGACGAGGAGCUGAUGAAGAAGAUGUCUAGUUAACCUGUAAACGCAUAAAACCCCCAUUUCCACAUAACCAAUGUGCAUUUUGAAGCGCUACGAUUGUUAGAGGUACAUGUACAAAACACCCAGUUGUAGAGAAUAAACCACAGAUUUAUGAGUGCUACAUAACAA